AUGAUGCAAGCCCUUGUCUCGGUCCUGGCUGCAACCACAGCGCAUGCGCAAUCCAGCACGGACGUCGGAACUACGUCGUUGUCGAACAACAGCGGCGGUGCUGGUGCCUGUGUCGCUGUGCAGUUGAUUCCGUCCGUUGAAGGUGCCAAUGGCGUGUCCGUGUUCUCGGACGAAUCCUGUGAGAAGGAUGCGACGAAUUGCGUGCCGUUGACGUACUGCCGCAAGUGCAAGCUGUACGACACGGCCGUGUCGUUCCUGUUCAAGUCGUGUCCACCCAGCGCUUUCCCUGCCGUGAUGUCGUCGUCGCAGGUCAAUUGUCCGUCGUACUUGUACCCGGAAGAACCCCCGACGGGUAUUUCUGCUAUCUAUGACGCGCAAUGCCCUAUUUAUGGAGGCAAGGGGUGCAUUUCCAACGGCGCGGCAUGUCGUCGAUGCCUCGUGAAUGCAUCGAGUGGGCUUGAUUACCACCCUUGCGACUUGAACACGUGCCUGCCCUCUGCGGUGGUGACCCUCAAAGGCGCCGUGGGCAUUUUGGAUCCGCGUUGCAACGACGCCGGCACGUCUACCCUUGUGGGCUGCAUUCCAUUCACGUCGUGUCGGUUGUGUCGACUCGACAAGAAUGAAGAGAACGCGUACUUGCCUGGUUGCGCCGCGUUGACAUGGCCAACAUUGUCUGACCAAAGCGGCAACUAUCAUGCGGCUGAAUUGUCAGUCGCAGCCUCCUCGUCUGACGUAGCCAUUCCGUGGCCAAACGUGGACGUGAACCUCUCGCACAUGGCGGCCGCCAUCCAGUCGUUCUCGAUAGACGUGGGACAAGAUGUGUUUGGCAAGACUAUGGCGAACGACGUCAUCAUCUCUGUAGUCCUGGCAGUACUUCUCGUGUUGAUUGGCAUCGCCGCCUCCGUCGUGUACGUGAAGUGCAUCCGUGUGAAGGCCGUCACGACCAUCCCCAUAAUCUCCAAACCCGGUACUCAUAGCAAGCAUCCCCAGAUCCACGACCCCGAGAUUUCCGUCGUGGUUUAA